GUCUAUUUUUUAUGUUAUCACAUAUAUUUUUUUUACACUUUUCGUGUUCUUUUGCUUUCUCGUUUCCAGUGCGAGCAUUGUAAAAUAGUGAGGAAAGAAAUGGAUAAAGUGAUCGACGAAGCUGUUCCUUAUGUGACAAAUGUUUUUGUUGUAUAUACAUUUUGUUCUGCAGAUUGACAGUUCUCUUGUCUUCCUUGAGAGGAAUGAAAAUCUCUUUAAAUAAUUGAAAAUAGAAUUAAAUAAGAAUUAAAUAAGAAAAGAUCUUAUAAUAUAUGUAUAUCUGGGAGUGUCAAAUUUAAAUUUAAUUUGUUCUUUGGGAACAUGAACAAUGAUCCAGGCAUCAUCUGUUUUCGUCAUUGCAAGACCAAGAAUGUAUUUUGCAUGCAAAUUCCGGCGAUGUGUCCGGUAUGUUCGUCACAAAUGCAGAACUUUAUUGUAGAUCCGUUUCGUGUUCCGUGCCCGUUUGCGAAUGCCAUUCAUAAUCCAACCAGUGUUGUUAUUCGGCCUUCACGAGGCAGUUUUCUUGAUGAUUACGACGUGACACGCGAUGAUUUGCAUAUUGGAAUAGUUAACUCUAGUGGCGGCAUUGUUGAGUUUGACAAAGAGGGACUAAUUGAAAAUGAUAUCACUAAGUGGACUGAUUGUAUUGUUUUGGAGCUUAUACCGACAGCCUGGACUGCACAAUGGGACGAAGCAUUGUUACUUAUGUCAAAGGAUCUCAAGUGGAAAUCCAUUAAUUAUGAUGUCAUCAAUAUGAAUUGUUUCAACUUCGUUUUAGAAUUUUUUAAUAAUCUGAGAUACAGAGAUCUAAGAUUUGAGAGCAAGGAAGAGCUGUGCGAACGAUUGAUACUGUCGAAAAUGUAUAAAGCAAUGCAAUAUGUUUCAUUACACAGAACCUUGAAGGAUCAAGAAUAUCUUCUGUUGGAUCAUCUCUUUUGA